GUUGUUAACUGUAUCUCCAGGAAUUAUCUCAAAUCAGCUGAACAUAUUAAAGAAAAUUGAAGAAUUGUUCACUUAAGUUGGUUGAAUGUCGACCCAAGGUCGGCAUUCUCGGUUGGACAAAUCUUCGCCACUUGCGGAGGGAAGUCUACAUGCCGAGUUCGCAGAGCAUCGAGACUGGCACGACCAUGAGACACGAGCGAUGGCAUCUUUGAAUUCUACAGGUAGCCCUCUGGCUGCUGCUGCUGCUGCUGCACAGGGUAGCGAGCCUGCACAGAUAUCUGUCGGUCAGAGGAUGCUGUCGGCUACGGGUGGUAGCAUUCUGACGUCGUUACUAGUAACACCUUUGGACGUCGUACGAAUCCGCCUACAAUCUCAAGCAUCACAUAUCCACAACGCUUCCAAAUUCACCGCACACACGACCGAUGCAUUCAGGGAAUUACCGGCAGAUCUGGGAGUAACGGCAUGCUGUCGGGAAGUAUUUUGGAUUGGCAACAACCCGGAAAUAUGUCUAGUCGGAAAUGGACCAGUAGCUAGGGCAAUUGACUGUGCCGUGGAAGAUACACAACAACGCCGAAUUAACUCUACGUUUGACGGGAUACGGAAAAUUGCGCGAAAUGAGGGAGUCUUGACAUUAUGGCGUGGGUUAGUGCCCACGCUUGUCAUGAGUGUACCGGGAAACGUCAUAUAUUUGGCGGGGUACGAGUGGUUGAGAGUUGAUCCUCAUAGUCCACUUCCCCGUUAUAUUCCUGACGGAUAUGUACCCUUGGUCGCCGGUAGUAUUGCGCGAGUAGCUGCUGCGUCCGCAAUAAGCCCAAUUGAGAUGUUCCGAACUCGUCUUCAGGCGACGCCAGGUACUGGUACUGGUCACUUCCGUGCUACACUCGAAGGUCUUCAUCAAAUGACUCAGGCACGAGGAUAUAGUUCGCUAUGGCGAGGGCUUAGCUUGACCAUGUGGCGCGACGUGCCAUUUUCAGGCCUAUAUUGGUGGGGCUACGAAGCCGUGCGAGAUAUCAUCACAGACCUUCGUGAACGAAACAAGCAUAAAAAUAAUCUACAAGACGGAUUGAGAAGUCGACGUGGUUCUCAAUCCAGCCAAAGCACAGCUACUACAUUUAUGGAUAGCUUCAUAGCUGGAUCGGUAUCCGGCGCCGUGGCAGCAUUGGUCACAACACCAUUUGACGUGGGCAAGACACGGCAACAAGUUUUCCGACACGGUGCCGACGAAGUCGUGGGCAGUACAGCAGGAAGAAUUGGUUCGACAACAGUCGUGCAUCCGGAAUUAUUAUCCAUGCCCCGGUUCUUGCUACAUAUAUUCAAACAUGAAGGUCUAGGCGGCCUCUUUAAAGGCUGGGUUGCUCGCUGUCUGAAGGUUGCUCCUGCUUGCGCUAUUAUGAUUUCGAGCUAUGAGUUGGGUAAGAAGAUGGCCCAAGGAGUUAAUACCAGAAGACAUAGCGAUGGCGAUAACUUAUAAAAAAACAUUCUUAGUCUCUGCAUCUGAGUCCGGUAUGCCCGGGUCAGCGAUAAUCCUCACCUCUCCUCGAUUGCGCGUGUAUCAUUCAUGGGCGGUUUUGUCUUUGCGUUUUCUGUGUACACAACUCAUUGUAUACCUUUUGGUUUUAGCAUGAUUGAUAGAGAUUUAUGUUUUCAUAUACCUGACACUUUAUGAAAUUGUAUAUUGAAUCUCCUUUUCUCCAACAUAUUGAACUUGGAUUUGCUC